GUUUAGCAAAUCUUCCAACUGCACCUGCAUGUCUAUUAGUAGUAGAUAAAAGAUGCUAAUAUACUCUCAUCAUCAAUCACUUUAUACAAGUAGAAUACAACAACACUGAGAUCAGAUGUGAGAGCCCAAUUAAACUAUUUGAACCUUCUCCCUCAACCAUAAAUUAUAGCAGCAACACACAAGAGUGCGAGCAUUUUUGUUGUAAAAGAGGUUCAUGUUUUGGUGAGUGAGCUGUUUCCACAUGUGCCAGCCUCUGUCCACAUUACAAUAAAUCCCCAUUACUACCUCCUCCCUCUCUCUCUCCCUCUCUUUCUCUCACACUCUCUCUAGUCUCUCUCAUCUCAGCGAUGUGGGAUCACUGUUUGAAAUCAUGAGAAGAAGCAACUCAACUUCUAGUCUCAGUUAUCCAUGGUGGAAGAACGUUCUUGCACUCGUGCUUCUGAUACUAGCUACCAUUAACCAAUGUUGUGGUUUGAACAGAGACGGUGUCCUGUUACUUUCCUUCAAAUAUUCCAUCCUCAACGACGCUCUUUUCGUUCUCAGAACCUGGAAUUACAGCGAUGAAACUCCAUGUUCAUGGAAUGGAGUUGCUUGUUCCCCAAUUCAAACCACAACAAAUGGUACAGAGUUUCGUGUGACAUCUUUGUCCUUACCGAAUUCUCAGCUUCUGGGUUCUCUUCCUUCCGAUCUGGGUUCCAUUGAUCACCUUCAAAUUCUCAACCUUGCCAACAAUUCCCUUAAUGGGUCUCUUCCUUCUUCGCUUUUCCAAUCCUCCUCAGAGCUUCAGCUCCUCAAUUUAUACAAUAACCUCAUAACAGGGGAGGUUCCAGAAUCCAUAGUAGAGCUUCGGAACCUUCAGAUUCUGAACCUCUCUGACAAUGCCUUAACCGGAAAAGUGCCUGAAAAUCUCUCAAACAUGCAGAACCUAACUGUGGCUUCACUCAGAAACAACUACCUAUCGGGUUUUCUCCCUCACGGGUUGCAGAACUUGCAGGUUUUGGAUCUUUCUUCCAAUUUGUUGAACGGGACUCUGCCUCCAGAUUUCGGCGGAGACGCCGUGCGGUACUUGAACAUCUCGUACAACAGAUUUUCCGGGAAAAUCCCACCGGAGUUCGCCGCGAAAAUACCCACCAACGCAACGGUUGAUCUCUCGUUCAACAACUUCACCGGCGAGGUUCCUGAUUCCCCUGUUUUUCUAAACCAAGAAACAGAGUCGUUCACCGGAAACAUCGAUCUCUGCGGUGAACCAACCAGGAACGUGUGCCCCAUUCCUUCAUCACCAUCCUCUGAACCCAAACCUUCUCCUACCUCUCCUCCUGCAAUCGCAGCCAUCCCCAAGACGUUUGAUUCUCCUCCCCUGUCACCAACAGGGUCAACUUCCUCUCAGCAAAAACAGAGCGGGCUCAGAAGAGGUACCAUCAUCGGAAUCGUCAUCGGAGAUGUCAUCGGAAUCGGAAUCCUAGCCAUGGUUUUCAUCUACGUGUACAAACUGAAGAGAAAAAAGAGCUUAAACAGUGCAAUCAAGAACGAAGCAGCAAUAGCAAGGAGCGAGAGUUCAUCAACAACCUCAGAGUCAAAAGGGUUCACACGGUGGUCGUGUCUCCGCAAAAGGGCAGAAGAGGAAGAAUCAUCAGAAACACCGUGCUCUUCCGACGGUGAAGCUGAACCACCACGCGACGGCAGCGCCGACAAUAAUCAGAAUCAGAAGCCAUUACAAGAGAACAAAACGGGCACUCUGGUGACCGUCGACGGCGAGAAGCAGCUUGAAGUUGAAACGCUGCUGAAAGCGUCGGCGUUUAUACUCGGCGCCACCGGUUCAAGCAUCAUGUACAAGGCGGUUCUCGAAGACGGCACGUCGUUAGCGGUUCGGAGAAUCGGCGAGAGCGGCGUGGAGCGGUUCAAGGACUUCGAGAACACGGUUCGAGUCAUCGCGAAACUGGUUCACCCGAACCUGGUUCGGGUUCGUGGGUUCUACUGGGGUCACGAUGAGAAGCUCAUCAUCUAUGACUUCGUUCCCAAUGGCUGCCUCGCCAACGUUCGUUACAGGAAGGUGGGGUCCUCACCUAGCCACUUACCGUGGGAAAUCCGGCUCAAGAUAGCAAAAGGGGUGGCACGUGGGCUGACUUACCUCCACGAGAAGAAGCACGUGCAUGGAAACUUGAAGCCCAGCAAUAUUCUAUUGGGCAACGACAUGGAGCCCAAGAUUGGAGACUUUGGGCUUGAACGGAUUGUGACAGGUGACACCAGUUAUAAAGCAGGAGGGUCAGCCCGUAUUUUCGGGAGCAAGAGGUCCACAGCCUCCCGCGACAGCUUCCAAGAUGUCACGUUUGGGCCGAGCCCGAGUCCAAGCCCGAGCUCGAUUAGCGGGGUGUCGCCUUACAGUGCGCCUGAGUCGCUUAGGAAUCUGAAGCCUCACCCGAAGUGGGAUGUGUACUCGUUUGGGGUCUUGUUUCUAGAGCUGCUAACGGGGAAGGUUGUGGUUUUGGAUGAUAUGAGCCAAGCUGGGCCUGGGCUUUUGGUUGAGGAUCAAAACCGGGCUUUGCGGAUGGUUGACGUGACUAUCCGGGCUGACAUGGAGGGUAAAGAGGAGGCCCUCUUGGCCUACUUCAAGCUAGGGUACAGUUGUGUGUGUGGCGUUCCGCAAAAAAGACCACAAAUGAAAGAGGUGCUACAAAUUCUUGAAAAGACCCCAUCUUCUUCGCCUUCUUCAUUUUCGUAUUAUUAUAGCCACUAAAGUCUAAACCAUGAUUUGUCAUACCGGUUUUGUAGAAAACAAAAUAGUGUAGUUAUGAUUGACUAAUAGAUUUUCGUGUUUGGAUUCAGUGUUGUGUGUUGUAAUUGUGUCGAGUCCAUUGACUGUCUCUGUUAAUUCAUUUGCUAAUUUUCAAGGAAUAGAUUCUAUCUUGAUUCCUUUUA